AAUGCUGCCGUCGCGACGCAGGCGUCGUCACAGAAUUGAUGUCUAGUUUGCUCGGGAUGUGAAGUGAUAUGGUUUAAAGGAAUCCUGCCAGCGUUUCAACGCCUUUUUUUAUAUAAAACGUAGGCCUAUGAAUAUGCGUAAAUGUCUAUGAAGGCAGCAAAUAGGAUACAUGUCAUUAUAUGCUGUGUACGUGUUAGGAGACUCGGUUAAAUAUUAGUAUUGAAUGGUGAGGGAUUUCGUUCGAGGGGUGUAUCAUGGAAUCUGUUGAAGACGAACAGAACGAAAAGAUUGCAGAUAAAGAUGCAGAAGAAGACGCAAAAAUACGAUAUCGUAAGCUCCUUUCGACUGCUAAAGAGUCUUUUGAAAAUGCUUCCCGUUUGUUACGACGAAAAAUACCAUGUGCUGGGCACCUAAUGACACCUCGACGGUUGUGGAUACAGACUGUGCCAACACAGGAAUGUGAUGUGGUUUUGAUGUUUCCUUCUGGAGCACAGGAUUUCACCCUGAUGUGGUUAUUGUCUCGACUGCGGGCUGGAACACCUGGACUAGUGGUUCACGUUCGACAUCAUGCCUCUUCUGACAGUUAUGGCUUCUAUCUCACAGCACCCUUCACUGU